UUCUGUCUCCCUCUCUGUCACCCACGCAGAUUUUUGCCUACUUGUGCCAGACAACAUCACUAAUAACAAAGCCUCUCUGGCAGUGCGGGUGAAAGGCGUAAAGGAAAAUGGAAACACUUCAGACAACCAUCAGCCACAUCGGGGAGACGGCACCUUACAAAAAGCCUCAAACAGGCGAAAAGAAGCGGAGAAGUAUUGACAGUCAACCAGAGGAAUCAAAUUAUGUGGAUCUGAACAAUCUUUUGGAUAUGAAAUCGGAUGGCACAAAAACCGUCAAAGUCACUUUUACGGGUGAGGGGAAUCAGCUGGCAAUAUUCAAAUGUCAGAGUGACACGUCAACCGUGGGUGACGGAAGCCCUGGCAAACGCAAGGAAAAAGGCAAUAUCACAGAGACUCCCUCUAAGGACUGUCACCAGGAUCACUCGAAGGACGCCAGGGUGGGACAGCGUGACAGCGUAAACUCUUCACCGACUCCCGACGAUGAGAUUUCAAUCGCUGACAUGCCUACCACGGAGACUGACCCUCAAACCGAUCUUAUCCUGCAAGAUUAUAAUCCACAAAAUGUUUCUUGCGAAAGCGAGGAGCUGCGCUAUACGGACAUGUACUUGAAUAGCCAGAGUGAGUCGGAAGAUGGCUCCAGCAGCGUGGUCUUGUCUGAUCAAUGUACUCUCAAUACCUUUGCAGAUGAAUCCCAUUAUAUCACAACGCACGAAAUUCAAUUGACUGAGUUAGACCAUGAUGUGGACAACGAAAUUGGCCGUGGGCCUUGCUGGGAUUAUGAGGAUACGAAUCUUGUGUACUCAUUUGUGGAUUAUGCAUCGUUUGAGAGCGACGAGACGACGGAGGGGACAUUGGUUAUGGAUGGAAGAGUUUGUAAAACAAAAAUCACCAAAGCGCACUCGGUUACUGCGGGCCAAUGUGGUACUGGCGGAACAGCUGUCAGCACUGAAAGCGAUGUGUGUGAGUGUGACUCGGACAAAUGUGCGAGCUCAGAUGAAAGCGUGUGUAAAAACCCCAAUGGUGGCGAGAGCUCGUCGGGGCAAAUUCACCUGUCGAUCAAAACGUCCUCCAGGAAUAUAAACGAGUCCAACAAUUUCCCCCAGAAUGAAAACAUCUGCUAUCAUGCCCGACGCACCGGCGAGAGGAGUCAGUACAUUUUCAGGGGUUCGGACUCGAGCCGGGAGGCCCUGUUUGACCGGGCGCACUAUUUCAUCCCGGCACCCGGCCGCCAGCACUUGGCCCCUCAAUUAAAAGGAAAAGAUUUUAACGAAUACUCUAGUGGUGCUUCAAGCUCAGUUAGUGAGCUAGAUGACGCCGAUAAGGAGGUUCGCAAUUUAACAUCUAAAUCAUUUAGGAGUUUGGCAUGUCCUUACUUUGAUGCCAUCAAUUUGAGCACGUCUAGUGAAUCGUCUCUGUCAGAGCAUGGGAUAGACUUUAACAAGUGGUCAGCUUUUAUGGAUCUGAAUUAUAAUAACAUGGCCCAAGGACACGAGAAACGUCUGAUUUCCCACAGAAGUUCAACGUUUGAGGUGAACAAGAAUGCACAGUGCAAAACCAUAAAUGGCGUGUCUAAUUUAAAAGGGCCUCAAGCAAAGACAUGUUCCCACAACAAUAACAAGCCGCCCCGGUCGAAUAUCCGAAAUGACUCUUCUGCUUCAAAGAAAAUUGAAAUCAGAGGACAAUAUGAUAAUCAAGGUCAGGGCGAAAUGAUUACUCUGACAGAGACAUUAAACUUUAGCUGUAAUGUUGAAGCGGGACAACCAACGCGUAAAAGGCGCGCAAAAUGCGUAGAAAAUACCGCAGGAUCACGUUCCGGGGAUGAGGUUACCAGCAUCAUGCCAUCGAGGCCAGGGAGCGAGGCUGCCAGCCCACACAUUGACUGCGGGGACGCCAUGGAGGAUACACACAAGAAAGCCAUUUUUGCCUCAAGUCUGCUAAAAAAUGUAAUCUCGAAAAAAAUGCAGUUUGAGCAAGAGCGCAAAAUGGAGAGGGGGGAGAUACGUGACACACACCCAGCUCAGUCACCUUGUUUCCAGACAAAAGACUCAGACACAUCAAAAGAGUCCGUCCAGUGUGAGGUUUUGCAAAGACAAACGUCUGAAACAGAUUCAGGACUUGUUGCUCUCAAUGAAUUGGGCGACGUAGUAGAUACUUCGUCAAAUAUCGACCCUAAGGAGCCGCAUGAACAACGCGCAACGGUUUCCACAGCGGAAUCCACCCCGGACUGUCAUCCUGAUGACGGUGCGUGUAAGUCUAACAAGGAUAUGUGUGAAAGUAAGAAGGUGCUUGCUCAGAGUCAGAACAGUGCCUUUAAAUCCUGGAAGGACGGUGAACUAAGUGUUGAUAUAGAAUCAGGGAAUGACAGAGAGGAACAGAGUGUAGAAAUAUCUUCUCCGACACCCGAGGUUUCGGAGCAGAAGGAGAGCCAGUCAGUGAGCGCCAAAUCAACUAAAAUGUCACACUUGUAUGUACCAAGCUCACAGCUUCUCUCCAAAGACAGGGAGGGGGAACAACAGACUCAAAGUAAAAAUACACACGAUGCCGUCAUGGAGCAGGGAGAGGGCGAGCGCACAGACAAUAACUCUAGCAACCCUCUGAGUGCCAAGGAUACCUCUGCAAUAUCACAAGCCAAAAAGGCACCUGAAAUCAAAAUACGAUUACGUAGCGUUAAAGAAAACAAGAAAAAUCCCUUCAACAUAGCCAGUCUACUAACCCCCAAAAUCGGGUUCAGCACCACAUAUCCCCCCAAACCAGCGUCUGAAUCCAAAUGUCAGAUGCUCUCGCAGUCAGAGAAAAUUCCCCAUUUUACAGUUCGGGACAUUAGAGAGACCAAGGGGAAGUUCCAAACACCAAUUCACCAAGUGCGCGACGUGCGUAAACUGGUCAAAAGUUCCUAUCGGUUUGUGUCACUAGAAAAUACUGAAAACAAAGCAGCUACAUCAGCUUCUCUGUUGAGAGAAGAUAAAGUUGGCAUAUUUAAGAAGGAACCGGACAAAAAGCCUUCUCAAUCACCUAUUGUUAUUAAAUGUCAAUCUGUAAACACAAAUAAUUUAAGUAAGCCACACAGCAGUGUGGCCGAGGCAUCAAAAAGAGGACAAACAGAAUGCGCAUCAGAGUCCGAUAGGUUGUCACCAAAACAUUUGUCCGACUGCAUUAAAAGCGAAAGCGUAUUUGCAAAUCGGUCUAUGGGUAGAACUCCGUGCGUAAAAACGCCCUACAGUGACCAAACCGAAUCAAAAAUGGAAACGAAAGCUGCGAAACAAAGGCAAGAUAAAACAAUCGAAAACAUGGAAAAGAAAUCUGAGUGUAAAGUAACAAAUCAGGCUGCCCUGGAAAAGUUAAAAGCUGCUGUUAAAACAAUGGAGCAGCUUUAUGUUUUUGACCGAAACGAAUGGAAGCGCAAGACGCAGGCGCCGCGUCCGGUCACAGACAGCCACGUGCUAUCACUCAUUACCAGCGAAGAACAAGGCGGGCCAUCUAAAACGGAAUCUGAGGAUGAUCUUGGCAAAAGCACUGAAUACGAGAGGCCAGUGAGCUCCGUAAUAAAUCCGCCCGUAUUGGCCAGUACUCUGCAGACAGGUGUGGCCCAAUCAACUGAAUAUAAGGCGAAUCUCAAAUCAGCCGCAUGUAGCCUAGAAGACAUUAGUUCAAGUAAAACAUCAGCUGUCCAUGGCGAGCGGUUCAAUAACAAAUGUGUGUUUAAUUUUGCCAGCAGCUCAAAAGCACCUGCCUCUAGUGGCCCAGCAAAAAUUAGUGUUAGACAGACUCUCUCUGUUCCGCAGGGUGUCUCAACCAGCAAAACUAUAGCUCCUAAAUUUCCAAAAGCCCCACUGUCCUUAAAAAUCACUCCCCCAAAAAGAGAAGCAGAGGAAAAGGUGGCAGCCAAAAGUUCUGAAGCCGUCCUCCAGGCCCAGCCCAUCAAACCUGCACUGGCAGAGACUGAGAACUACCUGACCAUCCCAGUCAGAGCUUGCACCACAGACACACCAGCAACCUCCGUGGCCUCUAAAGCCCCCAGCCACAGCCAGCAGCAGCAGCCCCUGCAGCGCUCCCCCAUCAUCAUGGAGUCAUGGGCUCCAGACAGCCCCACUAGCACUACCAUCUAUCACCAUUCCCUCCCCAUCCCCUUGACUGCUACUGGGCCUCAGGUCCUGUGCAUCUCACCCUCCCUGGUGCCUACGGUGGCCGAGCCCAUGCAGCAGCUGCAGCAGCUGCAGCAGCAGCAGCAGACCCAGAAGAAGAUGUUGCUGGACCCCACCACAGGCCACUACUACUUGGUGGACACGCCGGUGCAGCCGGCCACCAAGAGGCUGUACGACCCCGAGACGGGUCAGUACGUGGAUGUGCCCGUGCCCCCUCCGCAGCCCCUCACGCCCGUCCCCGUCCCCAUGCCCAUGUCCCCCCUGGCGCUCAGCCCCGGCGCCGCCUUUGCCCCCACGUACAUGAUCUACCCCGGCCUGAUGGCCUCCCCCACAGCCUUCACCACCCAUUCCCUCUCGUCCUCCACGCAGUCCGAGGGGGACGGAGAGAGAGUGCAGGGCAGAGACUCGGGGGUGCGGGCGGGCGUGGGGCUGGGCAGCUCGUCCGGCACACACCCUCCGGAUCACUCCCGUGGGGGCGGCGGGAUUUCCGUCGGCCCUGGAGGGAAGCCUGUCAUCAGCAUCACAACACAGCAAGGCCCUCGCAUCAUCGCCCCACCCUCCUUCGAUGGAACCACCAUGAGUUUUGUCGUGGAGCAUCGAUAACUGGUUUCCAACUUGAUCUCUCCCUCUGUGGAAUGUCGACUGCUUCUGUACAUCAUUUUGUUCAUCUGUUUUACCGUCUGAAAAAAAAAAAAAUGUCUACAGUCUUGUCUACUUGUAUUCCCAGACAGAACUUGAUCCAUUCUACACCAUGUUUCCUGUCUAAAUGCUUGUUUGUUGAAUUGUUCAGGAGUCAUACCAGCUUAUCAGUGAUUCCCUGUAUAAAACGAUACCCUGCGGGGUAGUGCACUUUCUCUGUGUAUAGAGUAGAUGGUCAUUGUUUGAAGAUGUAGAAGUGAAGUUGGUGCUGUAGAAUUAUAGGUUCUGAAGGAAAUGUACUCAACUUCACUGCUUUUUCUUUCUGUAAAAGUAAACAAGGUCGGCAUCCCAUUGUUGAUCGACAAGCCAUGAAUCAUAUACACAGACAAUUUUGAAUUUUGAAUUAGUUGUAUGUGUGACUGUUGAGUAGGCGUGUGCCACGUGAGACUUUGUGAAUUGGUUGUAUGGAUAGCACAGAAUGUUGAAAUAUAUUAUCUUUAUACAGAAA